AUGUCUCGAUCUAGGACACGGCGACAGGCAGCGUUGGCUGCCGCAGCAUCGGACGAGACCCCGACCAAGACAGCCCCAGGACCAGUGGCAGAGCAGGAGGCCCUCAUGAAUGGGAAUGGAAAUGGAGACGCACACAGCUCGCUGACAGAGAAUUCUGCUACAUCUGCGCCUCGAGAGAACAUCUUCCUCUUUGCGCCAAACCUUAUUGGCUACCUCCGAAUCGUCCUCGCCAUCACCUCCCUCUACUACAUGCCCCUCCACCCCCGGACCUGUUCGAUCCUCUACAGCAUCUCGUGCCUCCUCGACGCUCUCGAUGGCUACGCCGCGCGGUACUACGAGCAGAGCACCCGCUUUGGCGCCGUCCUCGACAUGGUGACGGACCGGUGCACCACAUCGUGCCUGCUGGUCUUCCUAUCCUCGGCGUUUCCGCGCUGGGCCAUCAUCUUCCAGGGCCUGAUCUCGCUUGACUUUGCCAGUCACUACAUUCACAUGUAUACCACGCUUGUCAUGGGUGGUGCGGAUCAGAGCCACAAGUCGGUGGAUAAAGACAGGAGCUGGAUUCUGAAUCUCUACUACACGAAUCGGACGUUCCUAUUCAUAUGCUGCGCUGCCAACGAGCUCUUCUUCAUCGCCCUCUACCUGCUCUCCUUCUCCUCCCCGACGCUGUCCCCGACCCUCCUGCAGAACCCCAUCGUGGAUAACAUUCAGGCCGGAGCCCAGGUCAACAGGACCUUGCUGCGGCAGCUCUUCACCAGCCCCUACAGCGCCGCCGCGCUGGAGCUGGCGCGUGCGAACAAGAUGGACAGCUUCUGGCCCUGGGUCCUUGCCGGUGUCAGCUUUCCCAUCAUGUUCUUCAAGCAGUUUGUCAACGUCGUCCAGAUCCAGAAGGCGAGCAAGUGGCUGGCCGAAGGAGACCUGGCAAUGCGGAGAGCCCAGGGUCUGCCCAGGAAGAAGAAGGGCAAGACCAACUAG